UUCUCUAAUUUUAAUUGUUAUGAUAAAAAAAAAUUGCAAUUGUGCUAACCGGUCCUAAUACAGGUACAUUAAUUCAACCUUAUAUCUUUUUGGCCUAAAUCUCUCCUAUGGAAAGAAGGUUGUCGAAUCUUAUUGUAAUAUUUAUAUUGGUCUUAGCAAAAAAUAAAAAUAAAAAUAAAAAUAAAUAAAUAAAUAAAUUAUGGUGAUUUGUUCGUGGAUGCCUUGAGCUUCCGUUUGCCGGCUGCCACCCACUUAGUGAUAGAUCUUUCAAAUCUUGAAUGCAACACGUACUUCUCCUCCAAAAGGAACGUGAAUAUUCGGAAAGGACCAAAAAGGAAUGAAAGUGCUCAAUGGACAAGCUCACGUAAUCGCGUGCUUCGUAGGACCCAUUACCCAGAUUUGAUCUUGGACCACAACCCGUCGGUCAAAAGAAAGAAAAUAUUGAAAAAUUGCAGCCAAAAAUGUGUAUAAGAUUAUGCUAUGAUGAUGGCUAGCCAAACCUAAAAAAAAAAAAAUGAUGAAGUGCCAAAGUUUUAUUCCCUUGUUCCUCAUUCUCCACCUAUCCGCCGGAGCCAGUUCAUCUCUAACGAAGGCCUCCGGUGGCCACUGGCGACUUUUGCACCAAAAUAUCGGUAUUUCCGCCACUCACAUGCAACUGCUCAACAACGAUCGCGUUGUUCUUUUUGACGGUGCACAUUUCGGUCCAUCCAAUUUAACAGUGCCCGCCGGAAACUGUCGCCGUCACCGUCGUGGCAACAAAGUCGACUGCACAGCACACUCGGCCGAGUACGACGUCGCCACCAAUACCAUCCGACCGCUGAUGAUCAACACCGCCGACGACGGCGUUUGGUGCUCCUCCGCCGCUGUGACGUCAGAUGGCCGAGGUUUUGUACGGUUUGUACAAACUGACGGAGAUGGGAAUGGUGUAGAAGCCAGGGUUAGGAACUAUAACCCUUGCUCUGUCUCUAACUCUGACUCUAAUUGCGUUUGGGAGGUGAUGGAUGUGGUACUAGCGGCACGAGGACACCGUCGAUUCUAUCCCACUAAUCAUGUCCGUCCAUCUGGCAGACACAUCAUCAUCGGUCGUGGUCGUGGUUCCCUGUUCACUUACGAGUUCUUUCCAAAAACCCAAUCGGUAUCUUCAACGAAACUCUACAAUUUGGUUCCAUUUGCCAACAACAACAAUAAUGUCUACCCAUUCAUGUUUCUCAACACGGAUGGCAACAUAUUUAUUUUCAACAACAAUCGCGCAAUCCUGUUCGAUUUCGUGAACAAUAAGGUCGUGAAGAUUUACCCAGAAAUACCGGGUGGAGGGGAUCCGAGGACUUAUUAUAGCUCUGCUGUUCUUCUUCCAUUGAAUAAUCUCACAUCGAACAUGGUGGUAGAAGCAGAGGUAUUGAUCUGUGGUGGAGCUCCGAAAGGUUCAUACUCUCAGGCACUUAAAGGUAACUUCAUCAGAGCUUCAAACACUUGUGCCCGAAUCAAAAUAACCGACCCGAAACCUAAAUGGGUUAUUGAAACCAUGCCUCAAGCCAGAGUCAUGGCGGAUAUGACAUUGCUUCCGAACGGCGACGUCCUGAUCAUAAACGGAGCAGAAGCUGGGACUGCAGGCCCGAAUUUGGGCCGGAAACCGGUUUUCCAGCCUGUUAUUUACCGGCCAAAUAGCAAAUAUGGAGUCGGGUCGGGGUUCAAAUUGCAGAACCCGAGCUCCAUACCCAGGAUGUACCUUUCAACGGCAAUACUACUCAGGGAUGGCAGAGUCCUUGUUGGCGGAAGCAAUCCAAGUAUGAAUUACAAUUUCUCAUCAGGAGUGGUUUUCCCAACGGAGCUGAGAUUGGAAGCCUUUAGUCCCUGGUACUUGGAUGAAGAGCUUUCGAAUCUUCGCCCCACUAUUAUAUACCCGCCUAAUGAUACAAAGCUUGGUUAUCGACAGAAGCUGACAAUUCGGUUUACAGUGGUCGGUAAUGGUGGUGGUGGUGGUGGUUCGAUAGCAAAAGAUUCUGUGUUGGUGACGAUGGUAUCGCCGUCGUAUACCACCAACUCAUUCUCAAUGAAUCAUAGAGAGUUGGUACUUGACCCUGAGAGAGUCGCACAAGUUGUACAAAACGUCUAUGAAGUUGUGGUCACCACACCGCCUUCUACGAACCUUGCACCUCCUGGGUUUUAUCUUUUAUUCGUGAUUCAUCAAGAAAUUCCAAGUGAGGGAAUUGCUGUCAUGAUCGGCUAGGUCUCGUCGUACUGCAGACCAACCUGAGUAUUUGGAUUUCUCAAGCUCUUAAUAGUUUCCGGAGAGAGCACAAAUAAAGCACAAUUAGAGUUGCUAGAAUUUUAAUUUAGUGUUUAGUCAGGCUAAGUAUUUGGGGUUUUGUUUGCUUUUGGUUUGUUAGACAAAACAAAAAUGUUUUAAAGUUUGAUUAGUUAAUUUUUUUAAUUUCCUUUUCUCUUAAUUAUUAAUAAAUUCAAUAUUUUCUUCA